AUGCCUGGCGAAGGACAUAAGUUCGAACGCCAUGCGUCAGUCACACAGCAGCGUCGACUGUCGCUACAGUAUGAGCGCAACGCUUGGUUAGGGCCGCCGUCAGAUUCCAUCUACGCCGGUAUCUCGGGCAAGUUUGACGACAACCAUGUAUCAGGGGUCGCAAUCGCAAUCCGCGAUACCACAUAUCUACUAGACUUCAUCGAGAGGAAGUUCACAAACCGUCAUGCAUGCUCAGAGGAAAUCACCGACUUCAUAAUUGCCAAGCUCAAGGCAUAUUCCCAUCAACACAUGGAGAAAUUUAUUGGAAUUUCAAUGCCCGAAGAUGUUGCAAACCACUGCCCUCGACUAUGUCCUCGCCUUUGGGCGGAGCUCGACAUCGUUCCAUUGGUCCUGUCCAACGUAUCACUGAUAGACAGAAUGAGUGUCGAACAGUUUGGUGAGGAUCAAGACCCGAGAACUACUGGGUGGAAUGCAAAGACUGUCGAUGAGCAGGCCGAAUCCAUGGCACGAAAAGGUGUUAGACUAUUCGGACCGGACAACACGCCCCUGCUACAAGUGGGCUACCUCGGGAUCGUGGAAGUGGACACAGCUUUCCAUAUCAGGCUUGCCGACCUGAGUGAUUUCCAGACAACAGUCUCGGAUAGAACGUGGUCCGCGAUGCAACACUACGCCGAUGACUUGAAAAAGCGCAAAAUAAAAGUGGCAUUUUUCAGUUCUACACCUCAGGGUGGUGGUGUGGCAUUGAUGCGGCACGCUCUCUCGCGAUUUUCGCGCUGUCUGGGCACUGACAUCAAAUGGUACGUCCCAAAACCACGGCCAGGUGUUUUCAGGGUUACCAAAACAAACCACAACAUCCUGCAAGGCGUCGCUCAUGAAGACGAGCGCUUACUGCCAGAGAACAAGAAACUCUUGCAGGAGUGGAUCGAGGAGAAUGCCAGGCGAUACUGGACUCGAGUAGGUGGGCCUUUGCUUCCACCAUCGGAGGGCGGCGCAGAUGUCGUAAUCAUCGACGAUCCCCAGAUGCCAGGCCUCAUUCCCAUUGCAAAAGCAUUAGCUCCAGAUCGGCCAGUCAUCUUCCGAAGCCACAUCCAAAUCCGAAGUGAUCUGGUUGCGAUACCUGGCUCCCCACAGGCGGAGGCCUGGGAAUUCCUCUGGGAUAGUAUUAAACACGCCGACCUUUUUAUCAGUCACCCUGUGAGCGACUUCGUGCCGAAGAAUGUGCCCCCAGAGAUGGUGGGCUAUAUGCCUGCAACAACUGACUGGUUGGAUGGACUGAACAAGACCAUGCAGGACUGGGACGUUGCGCACUAUGGCCGUAUCUUCAAUUCAGCAUGUCGCAACACGGAUAUGCCAACUAUCCUGUGGCCCGAGGAUUCGUAUAUCGUCCAGAUCGCACGGUUCGACCCGUCUAAGGGUAUCCAAGAUGUGUUGGUUUCUUACGAGAAAUUCUACAACAAACUAGUAUCUGAAAGCCCUCAGAUGACCCCUCCCAAACUACUGAUUUGCGGACACGGAUCAGUGGAUGAUCCCGACGGAGCGAUUAUCUACGACAAGACAAUCGAAUAUCUGGAGAAAAAGGUCCCAGAUAUCCGCCACUUGAUCUGCGUGGUGCGAGUGCGGCCCUGCGACCAAGUUCUGAACGCCAUUCUCUCCAAGGCGACCAUCGCACUGCAACUAUCUAGAUCCGAAGGGUUCGAGGUCAAAGUCUCCGAGGCAAUCCACAAAGGUAAACCAGUGAUUGCCACGCGUGCCGGCGGCAUCCCGUUGCAGGUAAUGCACGGGAAGAAUGGGUUCCUGGUUGAUGUUGGCGAUACCGAUGCUGUGGCAAAGCACUUGUUUAAUCUCUGGACCGAUCACGAUAUGUACUCGCGCAUGUCGAAGUACGGCAUCAACAAUGUCAGCGAUGAAGUGAGCACCGUGGGAAGUGCUCUCAAUUGGCUCUAUCUCGCCACCAAGAUGUCGCGUGGCGAGACUGUUCGACCCAAUGGACGCUGGAUCGAUGAUAUGGCGUUUGGAGAGAUUGGGGUCCCUGAGAAAGCCGACGAGCUGCGGCUCAAACGCGCAGUGAAGGUGGAGAAUAUGGGCUGA